GAUGUCAUCAUUGGGGAAAUUCUCAAGUUGCCCUCCGAUUUAAGCCUUUCAGGCCUUGAAGCCGGUGGGAUGGAGGAAGUUUCUGAGAGCAUGAUGGCUCUCGACAGUGUCUGGGCUCCACAGGCAGGAAUCACAGGGGACAGGCCCGCCAAGAGAGUGGGUGAACAGGCCUCCCUGCAGACACAAGUCCUCCAGACUGCCUCCUUAAAAGAUGGUCCAGCAAAGCGAGCAGUGUGGGUCCGCCGCUGCCAUUCGGAGCCAGAACAACCAACUAAAUCAACAGCGGUCAAGGAGAAGCCCAAGCUAGUGGUGACCAAAGCAGUGGUCGUGGACCUUGGCACUGGCUACUGUAAAUGUGGCUUUGCUGGGCUGCCGAAGCCCACCCACAAUAUCUCAUCGACAGUGGGCAAGCCAUACAUGGAGACUGCCAAAACUGGGGACAAUCGCAAGGAGACAUACGUGGGACAGGAGCUCAUCAAUCCAGAGGUUCGUCUCAAGCUAAUUAAUCCUCUGCGACAUGGCAUCAUCGUGGACUGGGAUUCAGUACAGGAUAUCUGGGAAUAUCUCUUCCAUCAAGAGAUGAAGAUCGCCCCAGAGCAGCACGCAGUCUUGGUUUCAGACCCACCCCUGAGCCCGCACACCAACAGAGAGAAGUAUGCUGAAAUGCUGUUUGAAACCUUCAGCACUCCUGCGAUGCACAUCGCCUACCAGUCCCGCCUGUCCAUGUACUCCUAUGGAAGGACGUCCGGCCUGGUUGUGGAGGUUGGCCACGGUGUGUCCUAUGUAGUCCCCAUCUAUGAGGGUUAUCCUUUGCCCAGCAUCACUGGACGGCUAGACUAUGCGGGCUCUGACCUCACAGCCUACUUGAUGGGCCUGAUGAACAAUUCGGGGAAAGGCUUCACCGAGGAUCAGAUGGACAUUGUGGAGGACAUCAAGAAGAAAUGCUGCUUUGUGGCCCUGGACCCCAUAGAAGAGAAGAAAGUCCCAGCUACCGAGCAUACGAUCCAGUACACUCUGCCAGAUGGGCAGGAGAUAUGCCUGUGCCAGGAAAGGUUCCUCUGCUCAGAGAUGUUCUUCAAGCCUUCUCUGAUCAAGUCCAUGCAGCUGGGCCUCCACAUCCAGACAGUGUCCUGCCUUAACAAGUGUGACAUUGCCCUCAAACGGGAUCUCAUGGGGAACAUCCUGCUCUGCGGGGGGAGCACUAUGCUCAGAGGUUUCCCUAACCGUCUGCAGAAGGAGCUGAGCAGCAUGUGUCCAAAUGACACCCCCCAGGUAAACGUGUUGCCUGAAAGAGACACUGCAGUGUGGACGGGCGGCUCCAUCCUGGCAUCACUUCAGGGCUUCCAACCACUGUGGGUCCACCGCUCUGAGUACGAGGAACAUGGGCCUUUCUUCCUCUACAGAAGGUGCUUCUGAACUCCGAUGAAGCAUGGUCGCUGUGGUUGCCAUGCACCAGCUUUGCUGGGUGAGCACCCAUCCCACACACAGGGAGCUGAGCCAGCACGUUCACUCCUGUAGUAUUAAACAAUCUCAUGUUCCCCGCCA